CGUAAGCCUAACAAAAAAGAUCCCAAUACCGAAAGCAGGUUGUUUCUGCUGAGCUUGAACACAUAUGUUCCCAAUGAUGAGAGGUUCAACCAGAUCAAAUUCUCUGAUUUCAUAGGCUAUGCUCUUAAGUCUAUAGGCCAGGUUAUAGUGCCGGAGGUGAAGGCUUUACUGGACAAGACUAUCAAUGAGUUCGACACGUUUGAAGACAUUCUUCGUCUCUAUGAAGGCGGAGUCAAGAUGCCUGAUUCCCACUCGCUCAAGAAAAUCAGGCAGUGCGUUCCGUGGGAGCUGGUCCGGGAACUCAUUCGUUCUGAUGGGGAACGCUUUCUUAAGUUCCCCGUGCCUGAUGUCAUCAAAGGGGACAAAACUGCAUGGAGAACAGAUGAAGAAUUCGGAAGAGAGAUGCUCGCAGGAGUGAACCCUGUUGUCAUUCAACGUCUCCAGGAGUUUCCACCAAGAAGCAAACUGGACCGGGAACAAUAUGGCGAUCAAGAUAGCAGAAUCACACGAGAGCACCUCCACACGAACAUGGAUGGCCUCAGCGUCGAUGAGGCCAUAGAGAAAAACAAGAUGUUCAUAUUAGAUCAUCACGAUGCACUGAUGCCGUACCUCAGAAGGAUCAACACCACUACAACAAAAACUUACGCUACCCGAACAAUCCUUCUCCUCCAAGCAGAUGGCACUCUGAAACCACUGGCGAUUGAACUAAGCUUGCCCCAUGAAAAUGGAGACGCCCUCGGUGCCAUCAGCCAAGUGUUCACUCCUUGUGAUCACGGAGUUGGGAACGCCAUCUGGCAGCUCGCGAAAGCCUAUGUUGCAGUAAAUGACUCAGGCUAUCAUCAACUCAUUAGCCACUGGCUGAACACUCACGCGGUGAUUGAGCCAUUUGUGAUUGCAACCAACAGACAGCUGAGCACGCUCCACCCUAUACACAAGCUUCUGAAGCCUCAUUUCCGCGACACAAUCCACAUAAACGCCUUGGCUAGGCAGAUCCUCAUCAACGCAGGUGGAGUGCUUGAGAUAACCGUCUUCCCAGCAAGAUACGCCAUGGAAAUGUCAUCUUUCGUCUACAGAAACUGGAACUUCACCGAGCAAGCACUCCCCGUAGACCUCAUCAAAAGAGGAGUGGCUGUUCCCGACCAAAGCCAUCCCUACGGCCUCAAACUCCUUAUCGAAGACUACCCUUUCGCUGUUGAUGGCUUGGAAGUCUGGUACGCAAUUGAAACUUGGGUGACUGAGUACUGUUCCAUCUACUACCCUGCUACAGACAAUGAGGUCCGAGGAGACACAGAGCUUCAAUCAUGGUGGAAGGAGCUUCGUGAAGUGGGACAUGGAGACUUAAAGGACAAGCCGUGGUGGCCUAAGAUGGAGACAAGAGCUGAGCUCAUCCAAUCAUGCACAAUCGUGAUAUGGGUGGCAUCGGCCCUCCAUGCUGCUGUCAACUUCGGGCAAUAUCCUUACGCGGGAUACCUCCCAAACCGCCCCACAGUGAGCCGUAGAUUCAUGCCUAAACCAGAUACUGAUGAGUUUGCUGAGCUGGAGUCUAAUCCAGACUUGGCAUACCUGAAAACUAUAACAGCUCAGCUGCAAACUCUGCUGGGGGUUUCUUUGAUUGAAAUAUUGUCUAGGCAUUCGAGAGAUGAGAUAUAUCUGGGACAGAGAGAUAACCCCGAGUGGACUAGCGAUGAGCGAGCCCUGGAAGCAUUCGACAGAUUCAGGACAACGUUGGUUGAGAUUGAGAAGAGAAUAAGGGAGAGGAACGAGGAUAAGACGUUGAAGAACCGUUAUGGGCCUGUGGAGGUCCCCUAUAUGCUGUUAUACCCCAACACCUCUGAUUACACUAGAGAGGGAGGCCUUACUGGAAAGGGUAUUCCCAACAGUGUCUCUAUCUGAACUUGGUCAUUUUCUGCAUCCCUUAUGUCUUAACACUAAAGAAGUAGGUAUUCUUUUACAUCUCAACUAGUUAUUGUUUGUGAUUACAUGUGUUCUUGCUUUGUUCCACCACAUUAUAAAUUACUACUACUAUUCUUUUUGUGAUUA